AUGGCUGAUAGUUCAACGAUUCUUCGUAUUUUGAGAGAACUAUCUGAAGAUGAUAGUGGUGAAGAAAGUGGUACGGAAGUUGAAGAUAUUGUAGAUGAUAGUGAUGAGGAUCCGGACUAUGUUCCUAAUACACAUAAUUUUCAAACCGAAGAAGAGAUUAGUCAAGUAAUUAGAAAGAUAGAAACCCGUCCAAUACCUUCAUUAAAAUCUAGGAAGAGAAAAAUUAACUCUACAUCUAAAACAGAUAGUAAUAAUGGAGAAAAUGAUGGAGAAACUGAUCAAAAUAAACAUAUAAUAACCAUUUCAAAUACCUCGGAAAUUGUGGGUAAAAACGGAUUUGUGUGGAAAACUGAGUGCAAUCAUUUUAGCGGAAAAGUUCCAAAAAAAAUAUUGUUCAUAUCCGACCUGGGCCUUCAUAUUUAG